UCGUUAUGCAGCUCUAUCGAAAGGUGUUGCAUACCGCUCGAGAGAGCACUGAAAAGUGAACUUUUGGAAUAGCGGAAAGGUCGCCCAUCAAGGAGUCCACGUGUGAAGUUAUUCCUCUUGAAUUGGAUUCACAGUGGGACGGUGAAGAUGAUGUCCGACGCCAGCGAGAUGUUGGCAGCCGCCUUGGAGCAAAUGGAUGGGAUCAUAGCAGGCUCCAAGGCCAUGGACUAUUCCAAUGGGCUGUUUGACUGCCAGUCGCCCACCUCGCCCUUCCUGGGUAGCCUGCGGGCGCUGCACCUGCUGGAGGACCUGCGGGCGGCGCUGGAGAUGAUGGACCAGGACGAGAGGGAGGGCCUCCGCUGCCAGGUCCCCGACACCACCGCCGAUGGCCUAGUGGAGUGGCUGCAGCAGGGACAGCUGACCAACGGACAUGGCUCCGCCAUGAUCUACCAGGAACGACUGUCACGGGUGGAGAGCGAUAAGGAGUGUCUCGUCCUCCAGGUGAGUGUUCUCUCAGACCAGGUGGAGGUGCAGGGGGAGAAGAUCAGGGAUCUGGACAUGUGUCUGGGGGAACACAGAGAGAAACUCAACGCCACUGAAGAAAUGUUGCAGCAGGAGCUGUUGAGCAGGUCGACCCUGGAGACCCAGAAGCUGGAGCUGAUGACCGAGGUGUCCAGUCUGAAACUGAAGCUGACCACUGUGGCGAGAGAUCGCAGGGAUAGUGAGGGGUUGUACCAGGAAGUCAACGACCUGCGGUUCAGGGUGACCGAUAUGGAGAAUGAAAGACUGCAGUGUGAAAAUAAACUUAAAUCCACCAAAGAGGAACUGCAGACCCUUCAGAGGCAGCUGGAGGAGAAAGGGGAGGAGCUGAGGAGGCUAAAAGACCAGGCUACACUGGGAGUCCUGACCCCAGACACAACAGAUGGAGGGGAGAAAGAUGUGGAUGUGCUGAGGAUGAAGAGGGCCAUGGAGUCCCUGAUGUCAGCCAACAAUGACAAGGACCGGAGGAUCAAGGAGCUUCAGGAGUCUAUCACACGGUACAAGAAAGUCCAGGACUUGGUGAAAGACACACUGAAUGAAGACGAUUACUAUGACAUCCAGGAUGACAGAUCCCGCUCCAUUCAGGUCGCCAUGGAUACAGACCGGGCCACCCUGGCGGUUGGGGAGGAGACAGGAAGGAGCUGGGACGAGAUUCCAUCUAUUGCAGUGUUUUCAGAGCUGGAGCAGGAGAGACUGAUACAGGCGCCAGACACAGACAGUCCACCAGAAGUCCCACCACAUUCAGCAGGUAGCCUGGGUCACACAAACAGCAACACCGAGCAGACCUCAAUUGAGGAGCCCAGCCCCCCAUCCACCUCCCCAUCAAACCCCACCAGUAAUGAAAGCUUUGGGACCAAGAAGGCCCGCUCCUCCUUUGGACGUGGUUUCUUCAAGAUGCGUGGAGGCAAGAGGACGUCCAGUGCCCCAAAUCUGGAUCGCAGCCGGAGUGUGAGUGCGCCUACACUGGCUGAGGCCGAGCGCAAGGGCACAGACCACUUGGACUUGGCUGGUGCCCCACCACACAAACCUCAGGGAGGAGACAACAGCCAGACCCUUCCUUCCUCACCAGAGGCCAAGAAGAAGUCCAGAGGCUUUAAGAAGUUCUUAGGCAGGCUGAAGAGAAGUCACUCCACCUCGCUAGACCUGGAGGAGACAGAGACUGAGUUCAGGAGGGGAGGAGUCAGAGCCACGGCCGGCCCCCGACUGGGCUGGUCACGUGACCUGCAGCACAGUGUUGAUGAUGUGGCCACUCCCUUUGCACAGUGGAGUAAGGAGCAGGUGUGUGUGUGGCUGCAGGAGCAGUGCCUGGGGCUGCACGUGGCUCAAGCCCAGCAGUGGAUCCGCUCAGGGCACACCUUGCUGCAGGCCUCGCAGCACGACCUGGAGAAGGAGUUGGGGAUCAAACACCCCCUACACAGGAAGAAGCUGCAGCUGGCUCUCCAGGCACUGGGAUCAGACGAGGACUGCGGCAAGUCCAAACUGGACCACAAUUGGGUGACCAGAUGGCUGGAUGACAUUGGUCUGCCCCAGUAUAAGAGCCAGUUUGAAGAGGGGAGGGUCGAUGGGCGAAUGCUACACUACAUGACUGUGGAUGACCUGCUGUCUCUAAAGGUGGGCAGUGUUCUCCACCACCUCAGCAUCAAGAGAGCCAUCCAGGUCCUCCGGCUCAACUUCUACGAGCCCAACUGCCUCCGCCGACGACCCUCUGACGAGAACAACAUCACUCCAGCGGAGAUCUCCCAGUGGACCAAUCACAGAGUGAUGGAGUGGCUGAGAUCAGUGGACCUGGCUGAGUACGCUCCUAACCUGAGGGGCAGUGGUGUGCACGGGGGGGUCAUGGUGCUGGAGCCUCGCUUCAACGUGGAGUCCCUGGCCCUCCUGCUCAACAUCCCUCCCAACAAGACCCUGCUGCGCCGCCACCUGGCCACCCACUUCCACCUGCUCAUCGGCUCUGCGGCCCAGCGCAGCAAACAGGAGUGUCUGGAGAACCCUGACUACACCCUGCUCACUGCCACCGCCAAGGUCAAGCCCAGAAGGCUGUCGUUCGGUGGCUUCGGGACGCUGCGUAAGAAGCGCCAGGAGGACAGCGAGGAGUACGUGUGCCCCAUGGACGUGGAGAUUCCCAAGAACAGCAGCUUCCAGGGGGGCCUGAGGAUCUACGAGGACGACCUGGACCAGUUGGAGCAGAUGGAAGACUCGGAAGGGACUGUGAGGCAGAUAGGAGCAUUUUCUGAGGAAAUCGACAACCUGACAAGCAUGCUGAAGGAGGUUGAGUUCUUCAGCGAGGUCUCCUCUCGCUCCCCUGAGGCCAGCGUCACCGAUGACGACUCCAACGUGUGAGGGAGGGUCCCCGCCAGUGAUAUGUAUAAACUUUAGAUGACUGACAGGGGGCGCUGUUUUGCAGUCACCACGCAGCCAUUUUGGUACUCCUCCAUUGUAAAAAAGAUUUAGGAAGCUAUAGAAAUGCAUUUAUUAAUGUCUACAUUUUGUUUUUGACAAGUAUAUUCUAUUAGGCACCUUAAUGCAUACUUUGAAAUGAUAUGUGAACUGAACAUAAAAAUACAAGGGAGUACUAAUGAUACUGUCCCCACUACAAUAAAUAAUAAUGUAAUUUUGUCCUUUAAACAUUUUAUUGAAAUACUGUAGAACUCUAUAGGAAUGAUUUGAAGAGUGCUCCUUCUGAUGAGUACCAAUAUGGCUGACCGGUGGCUUCAAAGCCUCUCAUUGGACAUUACAUCGCAUCAGCAAUCCAGGGUUUAUACACAUCAUUGGCCCUCGCUGGCGUCGCCAUGCAAACCUAAUGAAGCGCUGUGAAUGGGAACAAACUGUGCCAACAUCCAACCCUGAACCCCUCCACCUUGAUAAGCUCUCUUCUACAACCUGUGAGACCACCUUUUGGCCUUAUUACGUCGUUGUCAUUUCAAGCAAUUUACGAUCUCUCUCUGCAUUCCCGAGUGAAGUUAUACAUUUGUACUUAUUUGUUGUCGAAAUGUAGUGCAUUAAUUGAGAAUUCAACAUUGGAGCAUUUACUUUAUACUACCAUAGAUGUAUUGUAUUACAGAACUGGUUUUUAUAUAUUUGUUUGAAUAUCCACAACUGAGUCCCUGUACUUUACCUUUAAAUCAUUAACCUUAAUCCAUAAUUAUAAUUUCCUCUCCAUGUUGUCCUCUCAUUUGAUGCUACUAUCUGCAUGUUUUGUUUAAUGUGUCCCAAAUUAAUUCAAUAUAAUUACUUUGGUUUGUCCUGUCAUGUUGUUGAAUUUGUCAUAAUAUCCAUGAAUUUUAGGAACAUUAAACAUGGAAGCCCAACGUUCUAGAAUGUAAACAUUACCACAAAGCAAUGAUAUCGUUAUGCAAGCCUUAACCAUAUCAGUGAACACUAUGUACUGUGUACUGUUUCUAUGCAUCUUUUUUGUAAAGAAUUGUCAAUAAAAACGAAUAUGGUAAAAAAUGA